CCACGUUUUAUAUCAUUUCGUUAUCCAUUAAAAAGUUCAAUUGAAAAGGAUCUCGAUACAUUUUUUGGUAAAGAAGGAGAAUUAUUUUCUUCAAUUUUAUUAACUGAUGUGAAAUCAAUGUUAACUAAUCUUGGAACAAAAUUAAAGUCUAUUUCACAAGAUAAAACCGGUAUCAAUGAUUAUUCCACAUAG